AUGUCCAUUGAUUCGUGUUUUCUACCGACCUUCGGACCAUGUUUCGUCAACUUGUACGGCUCUACGCGCGAGUAUUCUGACCUGCCAGACAAGCUGGAGGAGCUAAAUUUGGGCAAAGGAGAGGGUAUCGCCUAUCGAGGAAGAGCCUUGAUUGAAUUAAGCACGGAGCUAAUUGAUGAAGAAGAUUACUUCAGUUCCUACUGCAAGAUCCAUACCUCACAGCAUCUGGAUCCUCCAAUCAAACUUAUUACAAAUUCUCUUCAAAUGACGCUUGCAGCCAGAAAUUGCCGCCAAUGCCUCUUCAAUGAGGACAAAGUAGACAUAUAA